AUGGGAGGCAGACCACAAAAAAUGAGCUUAAUGGAUAUCACUAAAAUGUUCUCCAUGCUCCAGCCCAGAGAAGAUGAAGACGACAACGGGGAAAGCGAGGAGCUGAACCGAGCCGUGUCUGAGGAUGAUUACGAAACCCUAAAUAACCUCUUAUCCCAAGACAAGUACAAGAGGUUCCUCAACCGCAGGAGCGGCUGGGGGGUACCCAGCACCCCGCUGCGCCUGGCUGCCACGUGGGGCCGCGUCAGGAGUGUCAAGGUCCUCUUGGCUCACGGGGCCGAGGUGGACAGCCUGGACGUGAAGGCUCAAACCCCUCUCUUCAUGGCGGUCAGCAACGGGCACCGGGAAUGCGUGAAGGUCCUCCUGGACGCGGGGGCCAGCCCCGGCGGCAGCAUCUACAACAACUGCUCGCCGCUGCUCAUCGCCGCGAGGGAUGGGAACGUGGACAUCCUGCAGCAGCUCCUGGACCACGGCGCGGAAGCCAACGUUCAAGCGAGGCUGCCCGAGUGGGCUGCCAACUCGGUGGCUUGUUCCGGUCCCCUCUACCUCGCCGCCGCGUACGGGCACCUGGAGUGCUUUAAGAUGCUGUUGCUAUACGGUGCCGACCCCGACUAUAACUGCACCGAGGAGAGGGUGAUUGCCCAGAUCAAGGAGCCCAAGACUCUGCUGGAAACCUGCCUGAGGCACGGCUGCAGGAGCAAGUUCAUCAAGCUGCUCAUUGACUUUGGAGCCAACGUGUACUUGCCCAACGUCACGGUAGACGAGAGGACAACCCGCAGCGAGGGCCUGGAGCUGCUGCUGCAGGCGAGAGCGCAUCCCAGGUCCUUGAUGGCUCAGUCCAGGCUGGCGAUGAGACGUCUCCUGAAGCAGGCUGGCCGCCCGCCCGCCCUCGGCGAGCUGGAGAUCCCGGCGGUCCUGGCAAACUACCUCCGACACCAGCCGUGACGCCCGGCCCACCCCACGAAAAGCCGCCCCGACGUCCGCGCAGGGCGAAACCGCCGCGGGUUUGUGGCCGCAACGUCAUUCUUGCUUCCGAGGUGUCUCCAUAAAGCAACCCCCGGGGGGAAAAAAAUAUGGGAAGGGCGGGGAGAAAACCGAGGAGACUUCAGCUCCUGCUCCACAUCCCGGUGAUCUCAGUUAGCUGGGUUUGGCUUUCAACCCUCUUUACUGAAGGUUUUUACACCUUUAAUUGAUACCGGUUGGAGAAGGGACUGGGAAAAGGGGUGGAGGGCAGAGGGAGAGGAGCAAAAGCUGCUUUUACCUCCUCCCCUCCUGGAGCAGAGCGGGAGGGAGGCACGACCAGGCUUUGCGCCUGUGGGUUUUCCUCACGGCGUGGCCUCAGCUGCCUCUGAACCCACUUUCCCAGAGAGGUUUCCACGGGCCUGCUCCCCACUUUGGGUGCUCCCGAGGACGGGGGGGAUAGGGUCGCUAUCCAGAGUCCCCCCAAUCCCAUUUUCCCACUCCAGCUCUCUCUAAACAUCAUUUUACCUCAGAACUGGGGCAUGUUAGAGCUGAGGGGGUCUUUUGUGAUUGGCCAGGUUUCAGUUUUUUGGUUUGGUUUUUUUUUUUUUUUUUUUUUAAUUAAAAAUGUUGCUACUAUUAUUAAACUAUGGUGACCCGUUGGGUGAAAUACCCUUUAUGGAGCGGAGCGUGGCAGCCCAGCCGGCGUUUGGAGCAGGGAGGGGAAGGGAUUUCAGGCUGAGCCUGGCGUGAGGCAGCCCGGCCGCCGUUCCCGCCUUCCCCGGGUCUCUCCAUCCCUCCGGCUCUGGUGACCAGGGCCGGGGCCAUCGGGGCUCGCCCUCACUGGUGGCCACUGGAAGAGCCUCCCUGGCUCUUCCCACAGCCAGGAGCUGACGGAUAAGCCCCGCUGCUCCUCGGCUGGCCCGCUUUGGGGACGUUUUGGGGCUAAAAUAUGGUUUAGUGUCCUCCCCGCUCCCCUUAGCGCAGCCAGGGCGGAGGCAAGCGGCCUUCAGGAGGUUCCAGGAUUGAAUUUUGCAACCCCCCCCCCCAGGCACCUUUUGGCGUUAUUUAUGGGUUCGUUUCAAAGGUUGUGGAAAUCUAUUAAUCAGCAUCUAUUAAUUAGGCUGUGGGGCAUCCCCCCGGGGGGAGCGCUGGGGCUUUGCAUGAGCCUGGGGAAAAGCGUCGGGAAUUGCUCUGCAGGGACUGAAACCCCCUCAUCUGGGGAGGAAUAGCCCUAAAAGGGCUCCGGCCGGCCGCUCCUCUCUUCUUCCCCCUGGUUUUUAAGGCGUUUCCUUGAAUUUCGGGGUCGUGGGGGCUUCCACGUGGGGUGGGGGUGUGGGGGGGAAGUCCCUACGUGGACCGUGGGGGUUUGGGGAUCUGGGUUCCCGCAAAAUGAGGAAGGGGGGGUGCUGGGAUGGGGGGCGUGUGUGUGACCCGCAGUAAAAGCGACGUGCGCGUGGCGUGGCGCCGGCACACACGCGCGCUCGCGCUGUCACGCGGGUGGGGGCCGCACACCUCACAGACCCCCCGCGGCGUGAUGUCAGCGCUCCACACCC